AUGUGGCGGCGCAUCGUCGUCGCAUGCUCAGCCCUGGUCGUAGGAUGGCCAUGGCGCGCCGAGCUGGAAGAGGGAUCCUCAGCGAGAGCUGACCCGGCCAACAUGACGGCCGAAGAGGAGGUUCCACCUGAAGAAGAGUCGACCCACCAUGACGGCUAUUUCUGGUGGGUUGAAGGCACGAUAUGGGGCUUUUGGCUACCUGCCGGAGAAUCCGAUCGUGAAGCGCCCUGGUUUGGGACCCCAGAUCGACCCGGUCGUCUACGAGCAGAUGGUGGAUGGGCUGGGUACUUCAUCGACGGGUUUGGCGUGCAGGCUUUUGGAUCUUGGUGGCCGUGGACAGCAUGGAUCCUUAUGGCAAGCUUUAACACGGGCCUGCUGGGUAUCUUGACCUACAGCAUCCACACAUUGACAGGGCCAUGCCGAGCGAUCGGGCGAGGACUGCAUGUGCUUUGCGGCAUGUGCUGCUGCAAGCGCCGUGAUGGCUUGGAGGAGCACUUGCCCAGUGCCCGCCCGCCAAUGGUGGACAUAGAGUGGCGCUUGAAUGACGUGAUCAUUCGACGAGGAGGUCAUGUUGCACGGCUUCAACAAGAAGAGAGUCUGCUCAAGCGAAUCGACAGUGAUGGUUUGAGAGUGAAGUUUAGCAGCAUUUCCAGUUGCACCUCACGCCAAUUCCGAAGGGAGCUGGAGGAGGUAGGGGUGAUACACCUUUGCAGGCAACUUGAAUGUCGCGCUGAACAUGGGCUUCACAUCCAGGAGUUCGCUGGCGUCGACCACGAGGCACUUUUGGACCUACAUCGCUACGCGCACGGUUCACCACGCUGGCUUCUUGGGCUACUUGGGCGCGGGCUUUGGCGCGUGGCUGGUCUGGUGGUCCGCUUGGGGAGAUGCUGUUGCAGGUCAUGCUGUGGGAAAAAGGCGGGCCGUGUGAUCAGAGAUGAGGAUGGGCGAGAACGUCUUCUGGACCCAGACUCCGAAUCUGAAGCAGAGGGUGAUGAAGCGUCUUGCCAAGGGGUACGAGUUGGACUUGUGCUCGAUGGGGAGAUGCGGCCGUUGGCACCCGAUGGUUGCAGCGACUUGGCCACUCAGGAGGAAACCACCUUGCUCGACGAGGACAUCGAAGUCUCAGAUGUACGCCCUCCUGGGCCGGGACAACUUGUUCGCAUUCCACUAUGUGCUCACCAUCGUCAAGUUUAUCAAAGCGCCGUGAUGAUCCCCUCGCCACCGAGAGGAUCUUUGGACCAGGAAGACGUCAUGGGGAAACCGGUCUGGUUGAAAAUCAGGCUGAACUAUGAGGAUGACCGGCACGAUUGGGUCAUGUGCAUGGGGGAGUUGAUCGGCUACUCACCCGGAGGUGUGCGAGGUGAUCGAAGAGUGGAAAUCCACGUGAAGUACCUGAACAACACUGUCAUCAUCGACCCCAAGUACAUCGACGACCUGGUAGAGGUGAAGAGCAUUGAGGAGAUGGAUCCAACCAAGGCACAACAACUAGUGAAAGAAAUCCCGCAAGAUGCAGCAGGACUUGGAUUGGACAUCAAGGGCUACAUGAUCCCUGACCUCUUGGUGCAGCGGUUGGCGGCUUGGGAGGGCAGGAGCAUCAUAAGUGGGAAGCACUUCAACGAGCUUCAGUUGCAGGAGGUGAAGACGAGGCUGAAGACUUUGGUGCGGAAGCAUAGUGCAGGCUACGUCAAAGGGGAGCUUUGGCCUAGCUGGCCGGCUGAGGCAGAACUUGGUUUGGACAAACAAGUUCAUGAGCGUGACUCUGAAGCACAUCGAGAGCAAGAAGCACCAAGGACGCGUUCUCGCAGCAGGAGCCACAGCCUUGCAAGAGUGAUGAAGGAUGAGGAUGAGAGAAGAGGAAGAGCAGAGAUGGAGACUACGCAUGACGGUGAUCCAGAAGAGGUAACCGGCGAGCACAUCAUCGAGGCCUUCAUGACAGCGACUGGAGCCGGGCAAACCCCGAAAGAGGCCUUUGACACCGUCCAGAUGAUCUAUGAGGUGGACACGCAGAACAUCAACAGUAUCGUGAGGUUGUUCAUCCGGAAGAACUGCGGGAAACAGAACGAGCAGGUUGAGACGGCGAUCAAGAUCCUCCGGGAGCUGAACGACUCGAACUCCAGGAAACCCAGAGAGGAGAGUGACAAGCCAGAGGUCCAACCUGACCGCAUUAGGCAACUCAGCAGCCGGAGCGUGGCCACGCCUGAGAAGCUUUUCCCAGCUCACUUUGGAGAAAAGCGAGAGGAAGGCAGCCUGAUCAGACCUGCAAGUGAUGCAAACCAGGCAAACCCCUUGACCGCCAGCGACGGCAUUGUGGGACAGCUCUUUGGCAUGGGUGGCAGAGUUGAAGAUGUGUCGACUCGAGCCGGAGCGGGAGAAGAUGAUGACAGCCACAUGAGCGCACGCGUGGUCCACGCGCUGGAAGGGAUCAGGAAGGCCACUGAGGGCGACAAAAAGGGGAGUCCGGGCACCAGGAGCUCGAUUGGGUCAGAGGACAGUCUCGAUGUCUACCUGGCAAGAGGCUGCAACACCCUGACCGUGGAGGUAUGUCCGGACGUGACCGGCAAAGAGCUCUUCGAUGCUUUGAAAAGGGCAUGCUCACACGCCAAGGCCAAGUUGCAACAGAUCGAAUGGCCUUGUCUGGUCACAAAUGGGAUAGCCUAUGGUCUAGCAGCAAUGCAGCAUGGAGGCAAGGAUCAUGCUACCCUGGCACCAUGGCAGUUGAGUGUGGCCCACGCAGUGACCGCCAAACCCAGGGACUUCGACCAGUAUGAAGCGCCGAAGGAGGACAAGAUUGAGCCGAAGCCACGGUAUCCUACGCAUUUUGCAACCUGGCUGAAACAGGCGAAGAAUGAGAUCAAGAUGAUUGGUUCUGUGCUGGGCCUCGAGCAUAAGAGGGAGAGGUACAAGGCGCUGGACCAGAUCGAGAAGGCGAAGGCGACCCUCAAGCCGGAGAACCUGGUGGAGAUGAUGAUCGAGUCGGACGAGGUCGAGAUCGCGGAGGCGAAAGCUGAGCACGACGAGAAGGUGAAGGAUGGUUCAGGUCAGAAACAGGGCUGGCUACCUCCAGAAGAAUAUGAAGGAGUCCAGUACACGCAACUCGAGGACGAGUUGAGGGAGCUGACGAGGGGACCUGACACCGACUGGUUGAAGGAUUCGUUGUCUGCAUGGUCCAGUUAUCUCCAAUCCCAUGUGAGAGGGCGCAUGCUCAAUGCGGUCAUCGAGAAACAGGAGAUGACGAUCGACGAGAUCCUCCUUGAAGCAACCGAGAAGGGUUGCCCAGAGCUCGCACAAGAAGCUGAGAAAGCCUUGGGAGAAGAGCGGUCAGUAGGCUGGGUCGACGAGGCACGUCAGGCUUGGGUCAGCCCCACCACCUGGCACAAGGACAAGGGCUAUGGCGAGGGGCGAUUCGAGUUUCAGUGCGGUGAAAAGAGGUGCUGCUGGCGGUACCUGGACUACAAGGACAGGCUACCGGUCCCAGACGAGCUUGCAAGUGCGCUUGGGCUACAGCCUGGAGAAGAUGAAGAACGGCAAUGUCUUGUUCUACACCCUGCCGCUGGCAUUCUACUCUGGGAAGGUGAUUGGGAUCCCGAACGCACGCCAACACUGGAGGAGGUAAAGAACAAGGCGCAGAUCUUCAGGGCAGGGCUAUGGGAUGAGGCUGCACGAGCCAUCGCAGAGCUUGGAGAUCCAGCACCAUGGAUAGGGGCAAGGGAAGCAGACGUCCGAGGCUUCGCGCAUGACUGCCUACGAGCACAUCAUGACAAGGACUACAGGUUGUUCCAAGCCUUCGUCCUGGAGGAGCUGAAGGAGGUCACCUUGCAAUGCUGGCGAUUGAACUGCCGAGGACAGGUACAUGUUGAUCAUCUGGUCGGUAGCACACCAGGCAGUGAGAAUCGCAUCAUCCCGUUCCUGAUACACGGAGGUCACAUUCGCCUACUUGUGCCCAACGAGAAGGAGGAGCCCGUGAAGGUGGCAGCGCAGCUGACAUUGAGUGGUCAAUCAGACCGGGAAUGGCCGUGUGAAGGAUGGCGUGAGUACUUAGCCAAUGAAGACCCUGCGGCCCCGCUGGUACCAGGAAAGCGCCCAAGGUGUCCACGUUGCCUGGAUUACAACCCUAAGCAAGGGAAGGCAGCACCACAGGUCCCAUGGAGCUUCAACGAGCACCCGGUUGACACGCAGGAGUUGAUUCUGAUGGGGGCGCAUUCACCGCUGAAGCAUCGGCCGGCAUUCGCUUAUGGAGUUAGGGUUCAGGAGGUGUUCGCUGGAUCUGGAUCCUGGACGAAGGCGAUGGUGGAAGCAGGCUUGGCGGCGAACGAGCCCAUCGAGCUCUACAGCGACCCACUGCAGAAGCAAGGCCGCAGAGACCACUUCGACCUGAAGGAUGAGAAGAUAGCGAACCACUAUCUCCAAGCGACCAUGGAACUUCCAGGCCCAUGCGCAGCGAAUGUUUGGGAAUUCGGUACACCGUGCACCAGCUACUGCGACUUCAACAUCCUGAAUGGAGGGACACGCAGCUUCGAUGCACCAGAAGGAGGACCCAAGCCAACGCAGAGCGAACAGGAGGGCAAUCAUUUCUGUGAACUGACCUGUCGGAUGUGCGAGUCCCUGUAUGCCCACGACAAGGAGUUCAUCUUGGAGUCCUCCAUGCCUUCUGGGAGAUACCCGAAGAUCUGGGAUCAACCUGCAGUUCAACGUCUACAGCAGUUGACUGGAGCACUCAUUGUGCCCACCCAUUUGUGCGAAUGGGGCUGUGCACCCGCCGACAAGCCAGACAUGCGCUACAAGAAGGGCCAGUGGAAUUUAGUGUCGCCUGGCCUCUACCUUCAUGCCUUGCUCUUGUCUCGGCGCUGCCAAGGACGUCAUCGUCACAUGGAUGUCAAGGGUGAGUCAGACUUGCCUGGAGUCCCCCGCACAAGGAGAGCACAGGUGUACCCUGCAAGGCUAUGUAAAGGGUGGGCCCUGGUGGUGCAAGCGGCCUAUGCUGGUUGGGACACGAUCCAGGUGGCGCAGGCGCUGGAAGUGAUUCAGGAGAGCGAUGGCCGAGAAGGGGGUAUCCCACACAAAACAGGCGCAAAGCAACUCACCGCUUCUCGCACAGCCGAUGGCCAUGACCCCAUCUGCCCGCACACCAUCUACAAGCGGACCCCGCACACUACGUACAGGCAAGACGCUCAGGAUCCUCAUCACGCUGAGCGAUGUGGCAGUGCAGAUGCCUCCGAGUUCCAAGACGGGUUUGGGCUAAUCCGUGGCCACUACUGCGGCAGCAUUGGAGAAGGCGAGUUCCAGCACGGCAUCCAGAUCCCCAAUGACCCAGAGCAGGACCAGCAAGAGGAAGGUGAGGAAGAGGAGCUUGCCACCAGUGAUGAGGAGAGGCGCAUGAAUCCCAGGGAUGAAGCGCGAAUCAUGGCCAGACUUGUCCCGAGAGAAGUGAAUCAGGGAGAGGAAGCCCAGCCAGUGCGCCCCUAUGAGGGACGGAUCGAUGUGUUUGGCCCGCCUCGACCCCUCGAAGGACUCAAUGGACGCUCCGAAGAUUGGUGGGACCUCCAGGAAGACAACCUGCUGAGGGACAUCCCGGACUCGAUCGAGGCGGAGUAUGCAGAUUGGACAGGAGCCACCACGUUCUACCUCUACGACCCCACGAUCAGGCCGGAGCUUGGACCGCACCUUGGACAUGGUCAAGAGGAAGGUGAAGAAGAUAAUGAGACAUCGUCUGAGGUUGUGGAUGGCCAGAGACCCACCUACCCAGAAGGCAGGGACUAUGGACCCGUGUUCCUUGCACCUCGUGAGCAAGUCCGCCCCGCGCAAGAGCAAUUGGAGGCAGCUACAAGGCAUUAUCCUGGUGGAGGUGUUUGGGACCCCUGGAAUGGUGGGCGCAUCGAGGGCGAGGAGCAGGACGAGGAGACGGAGGCAAACUUUUGUAUGACUAGGGAGCUGACUCGCCCGGAUAGCAUUGUUGGAGCUCCUCAUGGAGAUGAGGUGAAGAAUGAGGUCAACCAGGAGAUCAUGGACAAGGCCUUGGAGUAUGUGAACCAUUGCAGGGACCACCCAAAGUAUGCCCCCGAGGUCAUCAAGCGUGCAGUUAAACUUGGUGACGACUUGUUGAGAGCCGCUGGGACGCUUGAGAAGGCCAUGAGGGGGCUACGUCUUGCACGUCAACAGGCAGAACCCUACCCGUCAGCCAUUGAGCACUUGGAGGAGAUGUUUCAGAAGGCAUGGAAGGAUGGGCACUGGGGCAUUGUUCUAUUUGCGUCGGACGCUACCGAGAGCUGCACAAGCAACCUCGUCGAAUGCCCGCAAGGUCGAGUGCCGAAGCAACUACCCGAUCGAAGCAUCAGCACGGAGGGGCGCCCGAUACACGCCAUGAUGACGGCGAAUGCGGCCACACAUAAGUACCAGCACCCACCGGCAGUCCAACCCAGGCAUCGUCAGAUUGCCCGCAAGGCCAUUUGGUGGAGGGCAAGGAACCCAGGCAUUCGAUGCCUGAUCGCAAAGCUGGAUGUGAGCAGGGCAUUCAAGUGGCACGACGUGGCGCCUGAAGACACUGCUGACUUUGGGAGUGCACUUCCAGGUGGCGCGGUUGGUGUUGAAGGCAGAGUCAAGUUGAUCUAUGGAGGGCUUCCCUUUGGCUGGUGUGGUGCCCCAGGCGAGUACAUGGCCUUCGCGCUGGCUGGUCGGGCAUACCACGAGAGCUUCAAGCCGGACAACGAGCACAUCAAUGGACCUACGCCUUUUUCUUCGGAGUGGUUGAUGGACGACAGUGUGGUGGUCGAGCCUAUGCUUGGGGUGCGCCCGUGGCAGGCGGUGGAUGCUUUGGGUCACUCUAUUGAAAAGAUCUGGGGCAAGGCGGCGCUGAACCUCGAGAAGCAGGUAGAGGAGGGGACCCCAGCGACGGAGCAGAUCGUAUGGGGCCUCUACAUGAAUGUGGAGAGCAUGACGAUCAGGCUUCCGGAGCCAAAGGCAUUCAAGAUGCGUUAUCUCCUGGCCCUCCCUGAAUUGCAAAGCGGGGUGCGACAGGUGCGGUUGAAGGUCGCGCAGGAGCUGAGGGGCCUCAGUCAGUAUGCCGCCAUUACUAUACCACCCUUGCGUACAGAGCUCUCCACCCUGGACCUCUUCCUCUGCCCGAGUAGGUGUGAUGGGGGCUACAUCCGGCCGAAUGUCAAAGACGCCCAAGCUGCAGACAAUGCAUGGCAGUGCUGGGACGAGACGCUGGCCCUCCUUCGGAUUUGGUUUGAAACUCCUUAUGAGGGCACCUUUGAGUCGUCAAUGGAGAGCAUGCUCACUACGCGGGAACUCCUCGCACUUCCAGGCAUGGGCAAACGACUUCGUUGGGUGGGCGGAGACGCCACACCAGAGGUUGCCGGGGCAUUGGAUUGGAAGGCCAAGCACUACAUGCGCGAGGACGCCCGGGUGAUGCUCCGUGCUUUGGGACAGGUCCCGGAACUCGCGGAGGAGCCCGACAUGAAGAUCGCCUUGGCGGAGCUGCUUUGCUUUGUGGGACUCGCUGCGAGAGCGCUUCAUGGCAAGGGGAGAUCAUCGCCUAUGCCACGGACAACCAGAAUGUCAGGUCGUGGUUGA